AACACUUCGCUAACAGUCUAGCACAUCAUCAAGCAACUGCUGUUCGACCACACACUGCAACCUUCCGUCUAUUCUAGUACAGCGAUAUUACAGUUAGCCCGACAUCAUGAAGUGUGUGAUAUCUCUGGUGGUGUUCGCUGCCGUCGUUGUUUUAUCCAACAUCGGACAAGUCGAGUCGGCCAUCUUGUCCCAGUGUGACAUGAUGUGUAUGGACCUGUACGCCCCUGUCUGCGGGUCUGACGGUGUAACCUAUAGCAACGGUUGUUACCUGAGCAUUGCCAACUGCGGCAAACCAGAUGCCUUGAAAGUUACCGUGGCGUCACAAGGAGCUUGUGGCGGCGCUUCUUCUGAGAUCCGAUAGACGUCGUGUUCAUAUACAUAAUGCCGCUGUUAUGUUACAUUCACAAAAUAAAGUUGUUUAUGAAAAUUA